AUAUUUUGUGGUUUUUAUUUUUCCAUUGAGAAAUGACAAUUGAGAUUCGACUGUUUUGAGACUGAAGUUUUGAACGUCGAUCGCCGUCAAGUACUCAAGUUGUAUGUAAAGAGUUAUUGAUCGUCUCGUCUUUGCUAGGAACAGCAAUAGUGCGAAUUUGCGAUACCUGUAUUUAUUUUUCGUCAAUCAAUCGUUGGAUAUAAUUUGAGUACUUGCUUACUUUUAUUUACUCUGUCCAUCAAAUUUCAUCAUCAUGGAUUUACUUGGGUCGAUCAUGAAAUCAAUGGAAAAACCACCAACUGUGGAUACUAAAGAAAAACUAAGGCAAAAAAGUAUUUAAUAAAGUUUGUAAUGUCUAAAUUACUAUGACUAGACAUAAAAACUGUAUGAUACCAUUGCUGGCUUAUCGAUAAUAACAUUCUGUACUCAGUGCACAUCUAUUAUUUAUACAAUAAUAUAUUACACAAUGGAUGCAAAAUCAAAGUUUAAUAGUGAGUUAAAAAAAAAUCGAGAAAAAUUAGCUAAAAACGCUUCAUGUUUAACUGAUGAGCAAUAUAAUAAUAUAAUUAGACAAAUAAUAGAAUUAAAACGUGGAGUUAAGAAAAAGGAGCCAAGAGACUUUCAGCUAUUAAAAAGGUUUGAUGUAAUAUUAGUUCAAGACAAACAUAAAUUAAUAGUUCCUAUGAAAGACAAAAGUGUUGUGCUUUAUUAUGUGUCUGAUGGAAAACUGUACGACUUAUUGAAAUCAACUCACGUUUCGAUUGGGCACGGUGGACGUGACCGCAUGAUAAAGGAAUUAAGUAAAAAAUAUAAAAAUAUAAGUCGUAGUGAUAUUUGCACAUUUUUACAAAUGUGUGAAGCAUGUCAGGAAAAACAAAAAAGUAUUAAAAAAGCUACAGUGGUCAAACCAAUUAUUUGUUCUGAAUUCAAUUCCAGAUGCCAGGUUGAUUUAAUUGAAUUUCAAAUGUUUUCUAAUGAAAAAUUUAAGUAUAUAAUGAUUUAUCAAGACUACCUUACAAAAUUUGUAGUGUUAAGACCUUUAGAGCAUAAACUAAUUGAAGAAGUAGCUUACAACCUUAUUGAUAUAUUUACUUUGUUAGGAGCCCCUUGUAUUAUUCAGUCUGCUCAUGGUCGUGAUUUUUCUAAUGAUAUAGUUAAUUGUCUUCGUAGCCUCUGGCCAGAAUUAAAAAUUGUUCAUGGCAAACCUAAUCAUUCCCAAGAAAACGAAGAGCAAGUAAAACAAGACAUUAAGAGUAUGUUAAUUACUUGGAUGCAAGAUCAAAAAAGCUCUCAUUGGAGUGAAGGUCUUCGUUUUAUACAGUUAACGAAAAAUCGAACUUAUAAUUCAGGCUUAAAAAUGACACCUCAUGAAGCAUUAUUUGGUACCGAAUUGAAAAUAGGAUUAAGUGAAAAAAUCUCUGAUAAUUUUGCACUAAAUAUAGAUAGUGAGGAAGACUUAAGAGAAUUUAUGGAAAAAAGUGAAGAUAUAAAUACAAAACAAAACUUAUCAAAUUCUAACGCUGGAAAUGAAGUUAUUAUUCAGUUAAAUAAUGAAAAUUUAAAUGAUUCUGAUAAAAUAGCAAAAGAAAAUUUCAAAAGCCAUGCAAAAGAAAUAAAAAAAAAAUUAGAUAAAAACUUUUUUCCAGUUGAAAUUGGAGCAGUUCGACAUCCAGUUUUGGAAAAUAACAAAGAACAUGGGGAUUCCAAAAAUAUAUUUCCAGUUAUAGAGUUAACAACUGAUGGCUAUUAUAAGGCUGGAACACAAAAUGGAAUUUUAAAGCAGCCUUAUGCCAAGAGUGUAGUUAGUGUGUGUCAAAAAAUGCUUAUAAAUAUUAAUGAAAAGCUGGAAAAGGAAAUGGCAUUAGGAACAUUGUUAAAUGAACAAUCAAUAAGUUCAGUACAAGCACAUACAAAUGGAAAUGACAAAAUAAAAAAAGCCCAAGAAAUGUAUAUCAAACAUCAGAAUAAAGAAAAAGCAAGAAUGAUACAGUUCCGUAACGAAACCGAGAAAAAAGUGACAUCAUUUGUUCAAGAUGAUCAUCAAACCCGUUUGAAAUUCCCUACUUUGAAUAAAGUACUACGCAAUAUUGUACAUGAAAUUGCUGAGGAUGCUGGAAUGUUAGCUUAUUCUUUUGGAGAAGAAGAAGUUGAUCGAUAUAUUAUGAUAUUCAAGAAAGACUUUCCACCUUCUGAGGAUGAAUUAAACGCACUCCGAAAUGGUCAAGAAUGGAAUGAUGAUAUUGCUAAAAGAUUGUCGGAACAAAGAGAACAAGUUAAAAUAGAAGAAAUGUUAGAUGAAAAAAAACGAAUGAUGCUAAAGCGAACUAACCAAGAUAAGCCUAAAUAUAAUUACAAAGAAAAAUUCCAACACCUUGUUGGUUUGGAAGCAGCUGAACAAGCAGCACGAAAAACAGAAACUAAUAAAUCUUAUGGAUUUGUUCCAAGUGAAAAUAAAAAGGAUUUAAGAUCAAUUGAGCAAACACUAGCAGACAUACGCGAAAAAAAACGAUUGAAAAUAGAAAAUGACAAUUCUCAAAGCCAAUCUUCAAGAACCAACUAAUUUUUUUAGUUAUAGUAUCUCCCACAAUUUAAUAAAAUAUAGAUUUAUUAAAUUAAACAAAAUAGGAAUACAGCUCAUUUUAAAAUAACUUAAAAAAAAACAUAGAACAAUGAAGUAUAAAACUUACAUUUAAAUGAAUUUAACAAAUAUUUCAAAAUAUUAUACUUAUUUUAUUUUAAAUUCUUCAUGCAAGACAAAAUAUAUUUUUGAUAUUUAUUCGACUAAACUGGUUGUAACAUAUAAACCAAAAAAUAAAUUUAGAAACUGUCUAAAAUAGUUUGUACAUUACGUGUAGUUGUUUAAUUU